CUGCAUUAUAUAAGCUACCACAAAGUUGGUGACACUAGUACAGUAGGUGGCAGUAAUGCGCAAUAAAUGUAGGUACUUCGUAGCCAACCACACCAGAAGGGUCUUGACUGCUUUCGCAGAUUUGCUAGCAAGCUUGGUUACCUACGUUUAGAAGUGUCCCCUUUGUUUUUGGUUAAAAGUAACCGGCUUUGGGGGGCUUUAAUGUUCCGUGAAGCUAAUUUAAAGACCAUUGACAAAGAGGGAACCAGCUGCCGGACAAUGGACGAUGGACGAGCUGGUCCAUGACCUGGUGUCGGCGCUGGAGGAGAGCUCGGAGCAGGCGGCCCGGGGGGGCUUUGGGGAUGGGGGGGACCAUGCGCUGGCCGUAGGCUGCCUGCUGAAGAGACAGGGCCGGAAACGCCGUGGGAGGAAGAGACGCUCUGACAACCCCCACCCAGCCUGGGAGACUGGCCACCUCAGUGAGGGCUCUGAGUCCAGCCUUGAUGAACACAAGGACUACCGCACCACCACAGGCGGUGUUGCCAGCAGCAACAGCCACGCCCGCGACAACAGCGACUCUGAUGAGCAGCUGGGGCCCAAGCGCCGUACCCCCCUGAACCCCGACACAGGGCGUGCCAAGCGCCCCAUCUGGCAGGAGGACCUAGGAGGAGUGCCGGGUGCAGAGGGGUCCCGUAGUUUGAGGCGACGGCGCAAGGUCAAACGCAUGGCCGUGGACCCCCCUCUGGAGCCGGUUACCUCCAGUAGCAACACCUCCAUGCUAGGGCCCCCACCCGUCCCCAAGCCCCACGCAGGGUGCAGGAUCCCUGGGGUGAGCGUGGCUGAGGGCAGGGUGGGGAUGGACCUCGUUGGUGGUGGUGGGGUUGGAAGAGGAAAAAGCAGUGUAAAGAAGAGGAAACUGGCUGCCCACAGGCUGGGGCUGGAGGCAACUGAUGAAGGGGUGGUGGUGGAGAGUGAGGACGCCAUUAUGGGGCAGGUGGGGCCCAAGGACAAAAUGGAGUUUGAGGAGCAGAAUGGCUCAGACGAGGACAUGAGUGACAGGUGUGAGACCAGCAGUGUGAGCAACAGUAGCGAUGGUGGACUGUACACCAAUGACGAGGGGAGGCAAGCUGAUGAUGAGCAGAGUGACUGGUUCUAUGAGGGGGAACCGGGGGGAGCAUGUGGAGUGGCGGGGGUGAUUCCCUGGUGGGAGAGGGAGGCAGGGGAAGAACUGGACCUGGCUGACCCGGUCUUCAACAGCAUCCUCACCGGAUCCUUCCCCAUCAUGAGCCCCGGUGCACAGAGAGGGUUCCAGGCCAGGCUGAGCUGGCUGCAUGGUGGGCCCCAGGGCCAGGCUUCUCAGUGCAGCCCAGGACAGGCCUUCAACGAGCGGCUGGGACGACACCACCAGGACCCCCCCCACUCACACGGCCACUCACACGACCCAUGGUUUAGUCCGGGGUCUAGACGAGAACACGGACAAAUGCACUGGGACCCACGGACAGACAGAGGGCAUCGGAGGAGCUGCUCAGUGAAAACAGCCAGCAGACAGACGAGUGGUCACCUGGGGUCUCUGUGUACGGGGGAGGUCAAGAGGAGACGUAAAGCAGCACCCCUUGGCUUACCUCCACCCACAGGGGUGGUAGGUGAGAGAGUGGGGCCCAUCCCAGAGACCAACAUGGGGAACCGGAUGAUGCAGAGUAUGGGCUGGAGCCCUGGCAUGGGCCUGGGUCCGGAGGGGAGGGGCAUCACUGAGCCUGUUCGGGCCACACAGAGACCCAAAGGAGCGGGCCUGGGUUUCAACUGAGCCCCACGCUUUAGGCCCCAAACUGAACAGGCCAGGCCAGUAGACCUCGGUGGAGAUGGACCCAACUGAGAGCAGGGAGGACGGUGGUCAACACUCCCUGGGAAAGAAAGACUGAUAGAGCAUCAGAGCUGGAAGGAACAAAUACAAGUCAGCAAGAAAAAUAAAUAACUGAAAGGAGGACAAACAUCCUAUGAUAGGGAAAGUCACAACCCUGGUUAGAGUGGAGUGUUAGGGUUCCCACCUCAGAUUUGUACUUGAGAUGUCCCACAUACCAGGGAAAAGAGAAGGAAUGAAGAGAAGACAACCAGACAUUGUAGUUGGGUUUGAUUGUGUGCUACUAGCCAGGCUGUAUAGUUGGCAUCACUGUGCGUACUACACACUAAAAGGCUCAGUUUCACAAGAAUACAAUUUCUCUUCAAUCAAUGGUACAUUUUCUAUAAGUAUGGCAGAGCCAAAUGGUUGUCUGAAAUUGCACAGGAUGACAAAAAAUAUGGAAGUUAUAUUUGCGUUGAAAUAUUUUUGCAACGCCACAUUACAUUGGCAUUAUUCCAAGGUAAUUGUAAUGGUAUAACCUAUGUAGCUAGUACUUACUGUGGUUAGUACAAAAAGGUAAUGGCUGAAGUGGUAGCUAAGUACUGCAUAAGGUAAAGUUAAUUAAAUGUGUCCUACUUGUAGUUACUCUGGUAUAGCACUAAUGUAAUGUAACUGGCAAAUGUAAAAAGAAAAACAAAUGUAUUUAAACUAUCAUAUGGUUCCUUUGGAAUAUUGGUCAGUUAUGUUAGAAUGUGUAGAUGGUAUGCCUGAGGGGAGAGUGUGGUGAAUGAUUCAGGAAAUUAAUCAUGGUAUGGUUGUGAAGUAAAAUGUUCAAACCAGAAUAGUGUCUAUUUUAUUAAAAAAGAAGCCAAACAAAAGUCAAACCAAUCACACUGUACUUGCUUGGUAUGCAUGUAUAGCAAUCAUCACAUGGAAAUGUCUCCUCUCCAAUAAUGAUUCCCAGUGGCCGUGGCCGAAAACUGGCUUGCCUACUACUUACUUAAAUUGCAUAAUGUGUACUAAUCGUACUAAAUCUGGUAUUCCAUGUCGGGGUCGUGACCCAUAGUGGGGUCACGAGGGAAUUGCAGUGGAGUCGCCAGAUUUAUUUUCGGGGGCGGGGGGGACAAAACAUAUUAUUGUAUGGGACAGUAUACAAACGUUUUUGAGGAGGAUAAUUUCAAAUAUACAACUUUAUUGAGUAAAUGUAUUUAUUGGUUCUCUUAAUUUUGAUGAGGAAGAUGGAAAUGUAAUGAAUUGUGGUCCCCAGACAUUAUGGUGAAAAGAAUGGUGUCCCUGCUGAAAAAGUUUGAAUACCACUUUACUACAUAGUAUUUAGAACGUACUAUAAAAAAAUAAAAAUAAAUGCAGUAAGCAACAUA